AUGUGGACAUUUGCACUUAUAUCUCUGCCUGGGCGAGUUUUAACUGCCUUAGAGAGGGAGAGGCAGCUGGAACGGCAUUUACUUGAUAUGCAAAUUGAGUUGGAGAAUCUGGCAUGGGAUAGGAAAGAACUUCAGGAACAUCUACAAACAGCCAUUAAAGAACAAAAAAUGAUGGAGUUGAUAUUAGCAGAACUUGAAGAGGAGCAUGACAAGGCCAUUGCAAAAAUUGAACUGCUAGCAAGCGAGUUACACGAUCUGAAAACUGAAAAUCUUCGGCUAAGAGAAAUUCAGGGCAAAGGAUAUUGGAACAAUAAAGGUCAAGAUGAAACAGGCAAUGUCAAGGACUUAGCCAUUGCUGACUAUGGCAUUCCAUAUGGGAUCCCGUCAUGGAAAUCCCAUUAUGAUGGAAGCGGUAUGAUCCUCCAAGACCUUCUGAUGCACAAAGAUACUUGGGGAGACGAGAGCAAAACUAAAACAGAGUUGCUCAGAAUCUUAAGAAAUGAAUCAUUAUCUAGUGGGCCUAUACAUCCUGUUAUGCCUGAAAUCAACCUCAGAAAUUUAGAUAAGAGUGAAGUUUUGGACCAGCGAAGGGGUAUUGCAAUCAAACAGAGUCUUUUCAGUGCAGUGUUAUCACUUUUGGUUGGAAUAAUUGUUUGGCAAGCUGAAGACCCUUGCAUGCCCCUCGUUGUUGCUCUCUUCACCGUAGUUGGUAUGUCCUUGAAGAGUGUGGUUCAGUUUUUCUCCACCAUAAACAACAGACCUGCUUCUGAUGCUGUUGCUCUCUUAAGCUUCAACUGGUUCAUACUUGGCACGCUUACCUACCCGACGUUGCCGAAGGUAGCUCAUAUGGUGGCCCCAGUGGCAUUAAAUUUUGUGGACCGAGCAUUGAGCUUGCUUGGUUUCUCUUUUUUCCUAGCUUAA